AUGAUAACAAGUUCAUCUGAUGUAACUGGUGAUAUUGGUUUCAAACCAACAAGUGGACUGAAGUGGAAAGGAAAACAAGCAAUCACAAUAAGAAGGCUUCAAGAAAUUAAAGAUCAAUCAAGGUGCGUGAUCGCAAAAGCGAAGACAUGGUCGCAGGUGCAGUCUAGGAAGAGUUGGGAAGUGUCGCAGGUGCGAAGGAAUUAUCGCAUCUGCGGGGAAGGUCUCUGCAGAUGCGGAUUAUGGGAGGCUAGGCUGAGGUCUGCAAAAGCGGAUGAUUUCUCGCAGAAGCGCACCCGCAGAUACGGAAGAUUGGCCGCAGGAUUUGCUAUUCGAGGAGUGACAUCUGAAGUAGCUAUUGCCCUUCGAGUCUCUUCUGGUACUCCCCUUUCUUUGGAGAGAACACAAGCUACGCUGCCAAAGAGGAAAAUUGUUGAAGAGGAUUCUGAGGAUGAUGAAGAUGAAGACACCUCUUUGAUGGCUAGGCCUAGAGCCAGGAGACGCAUCAUUUCUGAAGAUGAAGCUGAAAUUUCUUCUGCCCAUGCCUCCUCUCUUAUCGAACCUGUUACUGUUGUUUCUGAUGAUGAAACCAUUCCAAGGGACACCAUUGAAUCCACUCAACGUCUCUUCGUUGACGGUUUCGAAAGUGGUGAACUAGGUCCGGUUUUAGAUGAAGUUCCUCUUUCCUCCUCUAUUCCCAUUCCUUUUAUUCCUCCUUUGGUUUCAAGUGCUUCCUUGCCUAUUUUAUCUGUUCCUACUCCUUUGCCAAUUUCUGCUCCCUUACCUGUUUCGACUCCUUCGACUCCUGUUAUUUUCACCUCUUCUACCGUUCCUCCUUCUAUAGCUCCUCCUUCCUCUGUUCAGCAUGCAGAGGAGGGUUCCAGUAGCAGAAGUUUGGCUAUGAGGAGUGUCACACUUGAGGCUAACCUUAUUGGCACGGAAUUAAUGGGAAGAAUUUUCCUUUUAGAAAAGAAGUCCCGCGAGUCUGAUAAGACUGUUCUCGAGGCUGAGAGGGUAGCUAAGGAAGCCCAACUGGAACAAAAGUGGACUCUGACUUCUGAAUUAGCGGGAGCCAAGGCUUCUUCUAGUAAAGCUGAGAAGGAUAAGGAGCGCCUUGAAUGUUCAUUUUCAGAACAAUUAUCAAAGUCAAGUGAAGAAAUCAGAGAACUUAAGGCACUUUUGGCCAAGAAAGAAGAGUAUGCAGGGGAGUUAGUGCAAAACUUGACUCAAGUUCAAGCUGAUUUAAAUAUCUCUUCUGAUAAGGUACGUGCCUUAGAGAGUUCUCAUGCCUCCCUUGAAGCUUCCCUUGAUUCCUCUUUAGCUGAAAAUCAAGUGUUAAAGAAUGAUCUUGCUAUGUGGGAAAAAGAGUAUGAACUUCUUGAGGAGAAUUUUAACAUAGAGUCGGAAUUGGCCAAAGUUUUGAAAACCAUUGAGAUGACCCAACAACCACUUGACUUUCCUUCUCCGGCAAAUGAAGCUCCCGUGGCUGAAGAACCUUUAAAUGAAGAAGCCGUUGCUGCGUUUGUGGAAGCUGAAACUUCCGUGACUCUUGCUCCCCUCGAUGAACUUAGCACUUCAAUCCCAGCUGGAACCGCUCCUGUUGCUGCUUCUUCAGAAGUUACCACCGUACCUAUAGCUGUUCAUGAAAGUGAAGCUAAUAUAACAACUUCUGGCAUUCCAGCCCCUCAGUGA